UAUUCCUUCUUUCUUCUUCCUUCUUCCUUCUUCUUCUUCAUUGUCAUUUUCUGAUAUAAGCUCUUGAGAGAAACACCAUAAUACUCAAACCCCAAAUCUCUCAAAUUUUCUCUCUCUAACUCCACUUUCUCUCUCCUCAUUUUCUCUCUCUACACUCCAUUUUCUCUUGAUUUGGCUUUCUGGGUCGGAUUUUUUCAAGUUUUUAUGAGUUUUCCCAUCUGGGUUUCAUCAUUAAACAACAAAAAUCCCAUCUUUCCCUUCCCCCAUGAACACUUUCUUAAGCAACUAGAAGAAGAACAGCAAGAACAGCAAGAACAGCAAGAACAAGGAGAUGCCCUUGGAAGGGGUUUUUAUUGAACCUUCUUCAACCCCACUUCCUGAUCUCUCUCUUCAAAUCAGCCCUCCAAAUGCUUCUUCUUCUUCUUCCUCCUCCUCCUCUAAUUCUUCUUCAAUUAAAACCCUCACCCAUGGAUUCCCUCAAACAAAUUUUGAUCUUUUGAGUAAUUCCGAUAACCCUCGUGCCCACACCGACCUCUCUCUCGGUACCAACAACGAUCUUCCCGGCCGUGCACUGCUACCCCCGCCGCUCCACCAUCUUCGCGGGGUUUCGGGGUUCGACGUAUCGGACCGGUUACGACCGAUCAAAGGGAUUCCCGUGUAUCACAACCGCCCGUUUCCAUUUUUGGCUGUGGAUCAGAAAGAUCAUCGUUAUCAUCAUCAUCAGAACCACCAUCAAUUUUCAUCCUUCUACCCGAAUUACUCGAACCCGAAUGGAGUUCUUCAAACGGGUUAUCGAAAUUCCGCUGCGAGGUUCAACAAUGGGACGGUUUCGGUUGAAGGAAUUAAAUCUUUGCAUAGUAAUAGUAAUGCAGCUUCUUCUUCUUCUGAUGUUUGUUCUCAUGGAAUGAUGAUGAGAUCCAGAUUCUUGCAGAAGCUUCCUCCUAAAAGAAGCAUGAGAGCUCCUAGAAUGAGAUGGACUACCUCCUUACAUGCUCGUUUCGUUCACGCCGUCGAACAUCUCGGCGGCCACGAAAGAGCAACACCAAAGUCAGUUCUUGAGCUGAUGGAUGUUAAGGAUCUAACAUUGGCUCAUGUCAAGAGCCAUUUACAGAUGUAUCGGACUGUUAAGACCACUGACAAGCCAGCAGCUUCCUCAGGCCAAUCAGACGGUUCGGGUGACGAUGACGUAUCUCCUACAAUAUGCACAGGCCGAGGGGACAAUGCCCCAAGGCAAUUUUCCGAUCAAAGAGCUCCAUUGGAGCGGUCCGGCCAGCCACCGCCGGAUUGGGAAUUUGGCUCCUCCACUCUUUGGUCUAAUUCUUCAAGAGAUGUAUGGCCACAAACGAACUCUAAUGAAACGGAUAUCAUUAGACCAAAUUCAUCUACCCGAAUGCAACAAAAAUCCAUGCAUCAAAUCGAGGAAUGUGAUUCAGGUGCCAUGAAGAGAUACAAUAAUUCAGAGUGCAAGAAGCCAAGCUUGGAAUUCAGGUUAGGCAGAGCAGAAUGGGAUCUCAAAGAAGACUAACAGUUUAAUUUCUUUUUUUUUUUUUUUUUGGGUUUUUUUUUUUUUUGAAUCUCUGUUGAUUGAGUUGAUGAUCUUGGUGAUUGUUGCUAAUGCUAUCAUAAUAGAUAAUAGAGAUACACAAAUGAAAGAGAUGAAUCAUAUUUUGAUACUCGUUACUUCUAAUGUUGAUAUAAUCAUUGUAGAUAUGGAGAACGGAGUCGAGUUCGGUUACGUUUCGAGUUUUGUAUGAUCUAAAAUCAGAUCAAAUCGAAUGGUGCUUAAACUAAUGGUAUUUUGUUGAUAUA